AUGGGUGCGCCGGAAGCUCAGCGCAAGGCUCCGGCCUCUGCAUUCAAGACUCUCCUCACCGUCUUCUCCCUCGUCGCCCUCUUCAUCUUUGGCGCCUUCACGCUGGGGACGCCCUCUGAUAGCCACGACCGACGCGCGUACAAGUUUGCCCACGCGUACUUUGGCCACCGCGCAAGUCCUUACUCCUCGUCCUCGUCAUCGGCGACCCGCGCCGGCGACAAGUACUUGAUUGGCGUUGGCAAGGCCGACAUCACCGGACCCGUCGUCGAGAUUGGUUUUGCCGGCUACGCCAACCUCGAACAAAAGGGCACGGGGCUGCGCCAACGUCUCUUUAGCCGCGCCUUCAUUGUCGGCGACAGAAGUAAUCCCAACGAUCGCUUCGUCUACAUUGUCAUCGACGCCCAGUCGGGCGACACGGCCGUGCGCUACGGCGUCCUCGAUGGCGUCAAGGCGCUCGGCGGCGAGUACGCCGUGUAUGGGCAGCAGAAUAUUGCGCUGACGGGCACGCACAGCCAUUCCGGGCCCGGCGCCUGGUUCAACUAUCUGCUGCCCCAAAUCACGUCGUUUGGCUUCGACAAACAGAGCUACCAGGCUAUUGUCGAUGGCGUUGUUCUUUCUAUCAAGCGUGCCCACGACAGCUUGCAAGAGGGCUACAUUGACGUGGGAACAAGCAAGGUCUCAGACGGCGCCAUCAACCGCUCUCGCUGGGCUUACCUGCACAACCCUGAAGAGGAGCGUGCUAAAUAUGACGCCGAUACCGACACCACUCUUACUCUCAUCCGCUUCCAGAGAGCCUCCGACAACAAGAACAUUGGUAGUCUCUCAUGGUAUCCCGUUCAUGGCACCUCGAUGCUCGGCAACAACACCCAUGCUUCGGGUGACAACAAGGGCGUCGCUGCUUGGUUGCUCGAGGAGGACAUGAAGAACGACAAGAACGCAGCUGAUGGCUUCGUUGCCGGCUUCAGUCAAGCCAACGUUGGAGACACGAGCCCGAAUGUCGGCGGCGCAUGGUGCGAUGAUGGCUCGGGCCAGCAGUGCAGCCUGGAGAACAGCACCUGCGCCGACGGCAAGUCGCAGUCGUGCCACGGCCGCGGUCCCUUUUUCGAAGCGCUCGAUCUCGGCGUCAAGAGCUGUUUCGAGAUCGGUCGCCGUCAGUACACCGGCGCCAAGUCGGUUCUUGACUCUCUCGAUUCUUCUGGCACUGCCAUUUCGGGAUCGACAGUCAAGGCCUUUCACUUUUACAACGACAUGCGCUACUUUAACUUUACCCUCUCCAACGGCCAGCAGGCGCAGACGUGCCCCGCGGCGCUCGGCUACUCGUUUGCGGCUGGCACCUCGGACUGGCCCGGCGCGUUUGACUUCACCCAGGGCGAUUCUGGCAAGCCCAGCGCCAGUCCCGUCUGGCGGGUCGUCUCAGGGCUGAUCAAGGCACCGAGCGCAAAGCAGAAAAAGUGCCAGGCGCCCAAGCCCGUGCUGCUCGACGUUGGCGAGCUCGAGACGCCGUACCCAUGGACGCCCAACCUGAUUGACGUGCAGAUGCUGCGCGUCGGGCAACUUGUCAUAAUCAUCAGCCCGAGCGAGGCGACAACCAUGAGCGGCCGCCGCUGGCGCGAUGCCGUCGCCAAAGAGGCUACCGCUUUCGUCGAGGACCCCGUCGUCGUCCUCGGCGGACCGGCCAACAGCUACGCACACUACCUCGCCACGCCCGAAGAGUACGACGUGCAGCGAUACGAGGGCGCCUCGACGCUCUACGGCCGCCACUCCCUUGACGCCUACAUCAAUCUUACCGUCAGCAACAUGGGCUAUCUGCGACCCGACGCCACCGACCAACCCUCCCAGGGCGUCCUUGCCCCCGACAACCGCGGCAAGAUGCUCUCCUUCAUCACCGGCGUCGUCGUCGACGGCAAGCCCCCGAGUAAAUCGUUUGGCGCCGUGCUGCACCAGCCCCCCGCGUCUGCCGCCGUCGGCGCCGUCGUCAACGCCACAUUUCAGGGCGCCAACCCGCGCAACAACCUCCGCCAAGAGGAUACAUUUGCCGCCGUUGAGCGGCGCGGCGCCGACGGAAAGUGGUCCCGCUACAAGGACGACAAUGACUGGUUUGUCGUGUACUCGUGGAGCCGCACAAACUUUGUCCUCGGCUACAGCGAGGUGGUUGUCUCGUGGGAGACGCAGCAGGGGCAUGCCGAGCCGGGCACCUACCGCUUCAAGUACUACGGCGACGCCAAGCCCCUCGUGGGCAGCGUCAAACAGUUUGAGGGUACGAGCGACUCUUUUACCCUGUCUUGA